AUGUCUGGUCUGCUCUCCACCCUCCUCAUCGUCAUCGUCACCGAGAACACAUCUGCUCCGGCCAAACAUAACAAAAGCACGCUGGACCCUACCCGCUAUCAGUGCCACAAAAUUACGAAAAUUAUGGCAACGCUGCGGCUCCGAGAGAAGCCCACAGUGGGGGGAAGCGUUCGACUUGACGCAUUCCUCGCAGAACAAAGCCCUCAGAUUAUCUUGUUGCAAGAUAGCGACUAUUUCGAAAAGAUCCCUGCUAUAACUCUCACUUCUGCUUCGUCAACCUCAGUGCCAACUAUGAACCUUUCUACUUGGCACACAUUUGCGCAGAACGAGUGGUCGACAACUGAUGUUCAUAUCACAACGACGCAGAGUGAGAAGAAGAAGCAUAGAGGAAACAAGGUAAAUUGUGAGAUUUGCAGAGAAGACGUAGAGGUCAAUCGGAAGUGGCUUGAGGCCAUGGAGGUGGGUAUGACGGUCGAGACAAAAGACAAGGCGGAGAUGCUCGAACAAGAUGACCAUUGUGAAUUUGGAACGAUGAUGAAAGGCUUGUGUUUGCAAGCCUCCAAACCGUCUCGAGACAUCGUCAUGUCAGACAGCUGGGCCGACGUGAACACGUGA